AUGAUCUUCGUACAGGCGCGGGAUGCUGCCUCUGAAGCGGCAUACAAUACUGAGGUGCAAUUAUGGACGAUGUACUCCAUUGCUGUGGCGUUUACGCUACUCAGGACAUAUGCGCGAUUAUCAACUGUGGGAUUCAGGAAUCUGCGACUGGAUGAUCACUUGAUGUGGAUUGGAAUCUUAUUCUAUACGGCACAGACUGCUCUUGCUUACAGUGUUGGAAAUGCUGCUGGGGGUUUGGCGAAUAAUAGCAUGACUGAUGCUGAGCGAGCUGCUUUAUCAUCUAGCAGCGUGGAAUACCAUCAUAGAGUACUUGGUUCCAAGAUUCAGAUUGCAGGCUGGAGCACCUAUGUUGCCUUGAUCAAUUUCUUGAAAUUAUCUAUGCUGGCAUUCUAUCUUCGCCUGAUGGAGGGCCUGGGUCGUCGAUACCAGAUUCCUAUCUACAUUGGCUUCGUUCUUGUCAUCGUAGGCUUCGUCGCCAGCUUAAUCACAAUUCUCGCAGCAUGCAGACCCUUUGAGAAGAAUUGGCAGAUCUAUCCCGAUCCUGGCAAUGUAUGCCAACCAGCAAUCUCCAAACCCGUCAUCGGCAUAACCUUCGCCGUAAACCUCCUCACAGACCCCUACCUAAUCUUCAUCCCAAUCCCCAUGCUCUGGAAAUCUAGCCUGAAGCUCAUCAAGAAGAUCGCCACGACCAUCAUCCUCAGUGCUGGUAUCUUCGUUCUCGUCUGCGCAACACUUAAAAGCGUCUUCCUCAUAGUAGAACCAGUGAACGGCGCCGAUAUAGCCGAUCAAUGGGGUACACGAGAAACCUUCGUCGCAGUAAUAACAACCAACCUACCCAUGGUAUUCCAUCUUUUCCGAAUUUGGCUCACAAAAGCCUUCGGGAGCAAAUUCGGCUCAUCCCAUAAAACGAACUAUAAAUCGCCUUCUGCUGGAUUCCGCAGUAUCGGCGGAGGAGGAGAUUACGCGAGUCGCAAAGGUCGAGGUCCGACUAGUACGGAUCCGAUUACUAUUGGAAUGACCUUUACUGAGAGUGAGGAGCGUAUGAUGGAGGAUGAGAUUAAGAUGCAGAAUCUUAGGACGAGGGUUGAACCUGUUCCAGCUGAUGAGACGAAUUCGCCUACUGGGAAUGGCAUUGUCGUUUCUAAUCAGAUUGAUGUUAGACAUGAGACGCUUACUAGUAGUCGGUCGAGUCAGGGUGGGACUAGUGCUCGUGAGGCUUGGUAA